CAAUGGCUACUUUGCUUUUAAUAUCUGGACCAACCACUAACGAGAAGUACCCUUGACAGCAGCAACCACUGGGACUGCACUCAACAACCUGUUGGGCGUGUCGUCAAGUUACUGGUACUUCUGACUUGUUAACUAUUCAUUGGUCAAUCGAUUGACCGGUUGCCGUCACCAGUCAGGCUGGUACUGAAGCAUUAACUUAAUUUGUACAAUGUAGUCGGGGACCAGAUCAAAAGAAGCUUCAAUCCGUCUAGUUAGUUUUUCGUUACGCAAAAGAAUAUUGAGUUUAACCUUGGAUGACAUUAUUAUUCAGAGGUCUAUCAAACCGCAGUAUUACUCAUUGUAACCAGCAGUUAAACUCAUAAAGAACAACAACCAUGGCUGUAAGAGAAUCAAGGAUACUUUUCUUGACUUUGGUGUUAUUAUCUUUGAGUUACUGCAAUGGACAGUUUACCGAUGCUCAGAAAAAGGAUCUCACGGACAGGCACAACAAGGGAAGGAGACUACAGAAUGCUGCGGACAUGAACGAAGUGAUAUGGGACGAGGCGCUGGCAGCCCCGGGCCAAAAAUUGGCGGAAACAUGUAAAGGUGGGCACGUGGUAGUGACAGUACCUGGUGUUACUAAUGUAGGGCAGAAUCUCUACUGGAGACAGGGAUCCAGUGAUCCUGUGAACGCCUAUGACGCUUGGUAUGGAGAGAUCUCAUCGUAUGACAAGAAGACGAACAAGUGCGGGGAUGGUGCUGUGUGCGGGCAUUAUAGAAUGGUUGUCCUUCAUCAAAUAACCAAAAUAGGCUGUGGAGUGAAAGUGUGCUCGUCAUUUACCAAGAAGGACGGGAGUUCACUUACUGGCGUCACAUAUGUCGUAUGUCAUUAUGAUGACGCUCCGCUGGCAUCUGGCCCAGUCUUCACAGAAGGAAGCCCCUGCUCAAAAUGUCCAACGGGGAAAUUCUGGUGCAACAAUAACUUAUGCCAGCCAGCCUGCACUGCUGCCAGUGCAACAUGCCAAUGUUAUGCCAAAUACAAGGGAGUUUGUAUGAACUGCGGCACCGCCAAUGAGGCCGAUUGCACUUGCAAUUGUGUGGAUGGAUACCUUGGGACAUACUGCACUGAUAAAUGCAAAGACUUGCCCACUGGGACCGACAUGAAAACAUCAUGCACGGCAGACAUUAUAGAUGACCCGGAGUAUUUCUGCACGGAUUCAGGAGGGAAGUGCUGCCUGUACAUAAGAACAAGGACUUGCAGGGCUACAUGUGCACCAUUCUCCAAACUGUGCAAACCUCUUACUGCCGCAAUGGAGAAGGCCGCCACGACAGAUUGCAAGGUAACCCCACCAGACCCACCGGUCGACAAAGCCACGACCACCUCACCUGCCAAGAUCACCACCAGCACAGCGCCCGCGCCGGACGCCUGCAAAGACUACAAAUGCAUCAACGGGAAAAAGCUGCCCGAGGGAACGGGGUGCAAGUGCAGCUGCUUUGCCAGCUGGCAAGGGACGGCCUGCGAUGAAGCUAUCACCGGAUCACCUACAACUGCAAUUACAACCACCAUUACCCCCACCAUUACCAUCAACACCACAUCCGCCUCCGGCACCAAACCAGAUCCAUGCAAAGGCUACAAAUGCGUCCACGGCAAAACGAAAGCACAAAACAGCGCAUGCACAUGUACCUGUGACGUAUCCUGGCAGGGAAGCAGCUGUGAUGAAUCCGUUGAGGAGGCAAAACAUGGCAUUCUGCUGACGAUGUCAUUCAAACAAGAACAGUGGACGGCGGUUGAAGACGGGCUCAAGAAAGCCAUACCAAAGGCAAUAUCCGAUUACUGCAACAAGAAUUUCGGCUCAUGCUGUCCUGGGAUGGGCGCGAGGCAAAACCCUUCGACUACAUACGAUAUUUCCAGUGUGGCUUUUGCGAAUGUGGGCAAGGGGUACCCAAAGUAUGUUCAGACGAAGGCCACCAUUCUCCUCUUCGUCAACUACGACUCGAAUAACCAACUCUGCCAGGAUGGAACCGGUGCCAGUGGCAGAAGGAAGAGGGCUGCUCCUGCUUAUCUACCCCAAGACGUUCUUGUCAACUCAGUGCAGUCUGGCCAAGGUGCAAUCAACGCAGAUUUAAAGGCAUGUUGCCAAACCAGCGUAGAGAGCGUGACGAAGUCCACGGUCAAACCAAGCGCUGGAGGGAACGCGGGCACCGAACGUACGCCUACGAAGAAGGUUCUUGAAGAUUGGGAGAUCGCCCUCAUCGUUCUUGGAAGUCUCUUGGCUUUAUUCUUCCUCAUACUAUUGGUGUACUUCCUUGUGCGGUCUGGUGUGUGCCACAAGAGCCAAAAGGAAACUAUUGACACUCAGCUGGCGGAGUCCAAACGCCACAUGAACAAGGUGUCGCCCCAGGGCCGAGAUCCUCACUACCCCGGCGAAACUGAAAUCGCACCGUCCCCGCAACCCAGCUAUGAUAUCUACGACAACAAGACGCAAUAUCAAGUUUAUAUGUAGGCUAUGUAGAGGAGCAAUCGCUUUCUCAAAAUUAAAAGUAGGCCUAUUGAGAAAGCGAGACAUGUCGUCUCGAAAAAUCAAGGGUUUUUUUACUACAUAUAUCAUAAAUUGAUGCGUCCGGUCGUGAUAUGCACAUGUAUGUUUUUUUCUUCUUCAAAAAACUUGUUUUAACUUUUCCGUUUUCGUCUUUAUUUGAAAGACUCUGGUCCAUGCAAGGUUACAAUAUUUUUCUUUUUCAUUAUCAUACUUCCAGACCGAGAGGGUCAUUUUGCUCACUGCGAAUGCAUGGGUGUCUCCGACUCAAUUGAUGUGUACACGUAAUUCAUAUGUCUAGUUUUGAGGAAUCUUACUGUAAAACAUCGUCGACCAAGGUUUUUUUAUAGACGCUGAGGAAUUUAGAUGACUGUGCGGAACGAAUAAAUUUCGGCUACGUGUAUUCCAAAUUAGUGUUAAGCGGCUAAAGGUGGAGGUCGGUUUUAAACAGUUUAUACAUGUACAUACCUUUUAGAAAGUUCAGUCUAAGUGGACAUCCUUUAGCUGGAAUGACCUAUAACCACUUCGGUCUAAAGGAAUGACCUGUAACCAAUUACGAUCUAAACGGAUGACCUGUAACCAAUUACGGUCUAAAGGGAUGACCUGUAACCAAUUACGGUCUAAACGGAUGACCUGUAACCAAUUACGGUCUAAAGGGAUGACCUGUAACCAAUUACGGUCUAAACGGACUAUCUGUAACCGAUUACGGUCUAAAGGGAAGACCAAUAAUCAAUUACGGUCUAAAGUGGUGCCCUUUAACCAAGUACAUGUAUGAUCUAUAGGGAUGACCUGAAACCAAUUACGGUCUAAACGGAUUAACUGUAACCGAUUACGGUCUAAAGGGAUGACCAAUAAUCAAUUACGGUCUAAAGUGGUGCCCUUUAACCAAGUACAUGUAUGAUCUAUAGGGAUGACCUGUAACCAAUUACGGUCUAAAGGGAUGAUCUAUAACCGAUUACCGUCUAAAGCGAUGACCUAUAACCAAUUACCGUCUAUUAGAAUGAGCUUUAACAAAAUACGGCCUAAAGGUAUGUGUCAAAUCGUCAACUUUGUGAUAAAAUCAUCAUUAUGAUCACGAAUUGAUAACAAUUGUAGUCUUUAUUUAUUCUUGUUAUGAUGCACGAUACAAUAAUAGCAUAUCUAACAUAUCUAGCAUAUCUCACUGAUAUAAUUAUUUGAUUCAUUUGAUAUGAUAUCUUUCAAAUUAUUUAAAAAAUAUAAUUGAUGGUGUAGAUGAUCGCAUUGUUCAUAGCGUACGUUUUCAAAAUACAUGUACAUGUUUGCAAUAGAAUCAUAAUCAAUCAUAUCACUGAUAAAAUUACUUACUUACUUAGGACCCUUCGUGCCCUAGGUGGCACAUGGGGCGUUCCCCAGGGUCCUCCACUCAAGUCUGUUGGCUGCUCGCUGUCUGGCUGCCUCCCACGUUAGGCCCUUCUCUUGAAGUUCCUUUGCCAUGGAACGCCGCCAGGUCUCUCUUGGUCUGCCUCUAUUCCGUCUCCCCUGAUUCAUUAGACAUAAUUAUUCAAUUUAUUCAUAACUUUUAAUGAUUGCAUAUCUACACUUUGUGUCGAUUGAUUAAUUGAUUGAUUGAUCAAAGUAUUGUAUCACCAGUAGUUUUGUAUCACCAGUAUUGUAUUAACUUUAUCUAUCAUCAAUUUAUAUGUAUAGCAUGUACUGGUGAUAAAGUACGUUGUAUCGUGACUGUGAUAGGCUAUAUUGUAAACUCACAUUUUCAGUGACUUAGUAGAGCUACAUUUACAUACAUCAUUAUGCAAUUUUCCGAACCAAAAAGCAUUCCAGAAAAUAAACAGGUGAUGGCUCUUCGAUUUUCGACUAGUAAUUUAGGUGGCCCUAUAUAUAUAAUAAGCACAGUUUUACCAUUUGGUAUAGACUCGACUUCUGCGCUGUCGCGUAUCAUGAUUUGACUGCUGCCAACACAGGCCGCCAUUUUGAAUCCGCUAUUCCAUGAUUCGCGGAAUAAACAGGGGCGCGUGAAGAUAUAACAGGCAAUCUGGUAGCCCAUUAUGUACUGAUACACACGAGGUAAAAACUUUACGCAUUUUACACGUCAGACUUUCUGCUUGUCAGCAAUCCGCAAAUGCAAUGCACCGUUGGUGUUUUUUAAACACUUUUAUACUUUGAAUUAAAAUUGGGUGCAGGAGGUGUUGCUAUAAAAGUACAAUGUAUUGUAAGAUAAUAAAUCUCAUCAAUUUCA